UUCAUAUGCACUAAAGACAUUUAGACAGAUGAAAAAAAAAAUGCAAAUAAUCACUGGCUCACUGUGACACUUUGUUAAAGUUAUUAUGACAAGCUACCUGCUCUACUGUGAAAAAAAGGAGGGCGCCAUGUAAAAAUUAAAUCAUUUAAUUGGCCUGGAUUUAACUUGAUUAAGUUAUUUCUUUUUAAUAUUGUCAGCUGGAACUUCAAGAUUAAGUAACUGACUGGGGCUAAAAUAUCAGAGUUAACAUAGUUUGGUUAGUAUCACAACACCAAAACCAAUCAAAUAGCCUACGUUAAGGAGCUUGUUUUUAAAAAUGAUUAUCUAUAACGUUAACAUGAUUUCAUACAUUUCCGUUAUAUUUAAAUAUAAUAAACUUCAGAGCCAGUUAGCUUUCUCCAGGUGCUUUUAUGUUUACAUAGUAACGGAAUGUAAAGCCAGCUUCCUUGCUGUCAAUCAAGUCGUCAGUUGCAGCUGUUCUGAGUUCAGUCGGCGUGAUUCUUAGACCACAGGCAGAGAGUUUCUCCGGAAAGCUCUGUCGGCUUCAUCUAACUUACAAGACGUUUUUUUUAUACAAAUAUAAAGAACAGCUUAGCACUACUUUUUAAUUUUCCGCGUCGUCCUGGUGUCAUGUCGCUGUUCGUGGAAGACCCUGCUCACCUCUCUAAAUCCAGGCUGAAGUCAGAUCUAGUUGCCCAUAAUGUCGCGCUGCCACCGACCAAGAGCAAGAAGGAGGUUUAUGUGGAGUUGCACUUAAAACACAUCGAUCAGAAAAACGCAGCCGAUUUUUCUAGCGACGAAGAGGACCAGCUAGAAGAUGUGGCAGACAAGGAAGAGGAGGCAGAGAUGCCCGACCCGAGUGGUUUGACUGAUGAUGACCUCAAGGCUGCACUGCUUGAACGCGGGGUUAAAGCUGGGCCCAUAGUCGCCUCCACCAGGGCCUUGUAUGAGAAGAAGCUGAGGAAUCUUCUUCAGUCUGAUGGACAUGUCCGUAUGAAUGGAGAAGAGAAAGGUGUAUUGUACUCUGACAGUGAGGAAGAGCAAGAAAAUGGGGAAGAGGAGGAGGACGACGAUGACGAACAGUCAGGUUCAGAAGAAGCAAAGGAAGAUACAGUUGAACAGUCAGACCAGACACAAGAGAGUAACCAGGAUGGUGAUUUUGUGUACCCACAGUGCUUUUUACCCUCACCAAGGCUGCAUGCUCCUGCUUCUAGAAAGAGGGAACCUAUUCCCAAGUGGAAUUCAGGGAAUGCGAUAAAAUCAUUGGAGCGGAGUCGGCCUCACCGCUCACAGAUUCCCGCAGGAAUUGGUAGAGCAUCCUCUGUAGAUCAACACUCGGGAUUAGGAUCAGGGUUUCCGUCUGGAUCACAAGCAGUUAAGCCCAAUGGUGGCUCAUCAAAUUCCUCUUCGGCCUUCAGCAUCACUCAAAUGGUUGAGGAGAUGGAAAGUCGGAGGUCACUCUCUGCGAGUACAGACACUGAGAGAGAGUUGAAUGGGAGCAAUGUGCAGGAACAUUGGUCGCGGUCCAACAGGCUGGACGUACAAAUUUUGGACAAGUACACCGUGAAUCGGUCCCUGUACUGCACUCCCAAGGCAUCCCUUAAUGAAUGGGAAAUGAAGCUUUCUCAGGAGCCUGUAAAAGAUACUUUCAAGGACUUGUUUCCGAACACUGAAGCCACACCCACAGGGAUCUACGCCACUCGUCGGCGACCAAUCAGGGGUGCAGCAGGGAGACCUGUCCAGUACGCAUACCCAGACACUCCCGCCAGUCCCACUACCCUGGAGAGACGAGAGGUGGAGCGCCGCCUUGUGCCCAUCCAGAUACAGAUUUUAGUCUUCCUCAUUGUGGCAUGCCUCCUGUACAUAAUUUAUGUUUGUGUCGAGGACAACUCAUUCAGUCCAUUUGUGGGCUUACUGGACAGUCUAAACCAAUGGUCAGACAGCGAGGAGGGGCUUUUACUUCAGGCUGAGACACAGGACACACCAGCACUCUCUGGACAGGAGUAACUCAAUGUACGUAACUUAAUCCCCUACAGAUGUAAGGGUUGUUGUUUUUUUGGUAAUGCAAGCCAUAAUGACAUAAUUGUGAUAUCUUCAGGGAGCACAUUUUGCUUUACUUUUGACUGUGACUGUUUGGGAGCAAACCUCAAAGUCUGGUUUCACAGUUUUAUAUGUUUAGCUUAUGAAUGUGUAACCAAAGUGUUCAUGUCACUAUAGUUGAAAUAAUUGAGAAAACAUGGAAAUUUAGUUUAGACUUACCAGUUUUUUUCAAAUUUAUAAAUAAUAAUAAUGCUAUAUAUUUUUUAUUUUCUAACCCAAACUGUAAUUUCACGGUGCAUUUUCAAAGAAUUUCUGUCACUGUACAUGUAUGUAUUUUCUUUAUAAUAUUUGAAUUUUCAAUAAAGAUGUUUUGCUUCGUA